UGUAAGCACUUUCUCUCGCUUCUUUUCGUCAUCAGUUUCCCCCUCUCUCUUUCUAACUCUAAAACCCUCUCCCAAGUAAUCCUUGUCUCUCUCUCAAAAUGGCUUCAAAUUCUACUAUCAUUUCCAAUUUUAAUUAAGUAAAACAGUAAUUUUUUGCUACCUUUUUAGAUGCAGUUUUGUGUCUAUAGGUUUGGUUAGGUUUUCUAUACGUUAUGUCGAAGACUUGCUUCAAUUCGAAUUGCAAAGAGGCGUCGGAUAAGUGGAGGAGAGGUUGGCGAUGCCGUACCGGCGAGUACGCUGACCUCUGUGAUGGAUGCGCCUUUUUUGUUACUUGCUAUCAGACUUGAUGUAAUUCCAUGUCUAUCUAGUUCUGCUUAUGAGGAGGGGAAAUUUUGCGAAAUGUUCCACUUGAAUGCUUCUGGUUGGAGAUGUUGUGAAUCUUGUGGAAAGCGAAUACAUUGUGGCUGUAUAGCUUCAUUCCAUAUGUUCAUACUAUUGGAUGCUGGAGGGAUUGAGUGUUUAUCAUGUGCAAAGAAUAAUAUCUUGACUCCAAAUCCUGCAUGGCCCCCACCUCCACACUUCCUUUCUUCAGAGCCUGAAAGAAUGAAAGACAUCUCAACUAGAAACUGGAGUGCAAUAACUGGCUCAGGUCCAAUCCCUUGGCGGCAGGCACCCAGUUUAUUUAACUGUUCUAGCUUCCAACUUGAGUCGCAGCCAAGGAUGGCCUUUGAAGUUGAUAUGUCAGACGGCAUUGAUAGAUUCCGUAUUUGUGAGAGAUUAUCUAGCUCAUUCCUUGAGAAGAAAGAAGAGAACUCCUUUGGAAGAUUAAUAUAUGGGAAGUUGACAAGUGGUCCAUUUGAAAGUGUUGAGGACAGAAUUGCUGGACUCAGUAAGGAGGAGCAACCUAAUCCGUCUGUAAAUGUUUCUCAUCUACGAUCAUUCCCCAAGAAUGAUUCGCAUACUUCUAAAUUGAGUUUGGCUGCAUCUCCUCCAUUUAGAAAUGAAGUAAAUGAUUUUGACCAGGCUUCUGCGACUGUUUUACAAUCGCCAUCCCUUCCAACUCUUGUGGGCAAACAGGUUUGCAUUCAUAAUGGAAUGGACUCAUCUGGUGAGGCUCAAGUGCGCAAUGGAAAAUGUCGAGGAGAUGUCCGAGGCCGAAAUCAGUUGCUUCCUCGAUAUUGGCCACGAAUAACUGACAAGGAGUUACAACAAAUUUCUGGCACUUCAAGCUCAGUAAUUACUCCUUUGUUUGAGAAAAUGUUGAGCGCCAGUGAUGCUGGACGGAUUGGGCGCUUAGUGCUGCCAAAAAAGUGUGCCGAGGCCUACUUUCCACCAAUUUCUCAACCUGAAGGAUUACCUCUGAAAGUACAUGAUUUGAAGGGGAAAGAAUGGUCAUUCCAGUUUCGAUUUUGGCCAAAUAAUAAUAGCAGAAUGUAUGUCUUAGAAGGAAUCACUCCUUGUAUACAAUCAAUGGAACUGCAAGCUGGUGAUGUAGUGACAUUUAGUAGGCUGGAGCCAGAGGGGAAGCUGGUCAUGGGAGGCAGAAAAGCUUCAACUGCUCCACCCGACCAGGGAGAUAAAGCUACUUUAGCUGGAGAUAAAAUUCCUGGGGAUGAUAGUGGUAAAAACAAAUCUGGGGAAGUUGUAACAAAUGGACAUGUAAAAGGGGUCACAAAGAAGGAAAUACUUGAAAAUAAGUUUGUCGUUCGUAGUAAGAGGAAGAAUAGCAUCUUUGGUUUGAAAAGUAAACGCCUUAGGAUUGACAAUGAAGAGAUGAUAGAACUGAAGCUCACAUGUAACCAAGCUCAAGGAAUUAUGCGCCCACCUCCUGAAAAUGUGCCCUCAGUUUUUGCAGUAGAAGGCUGUGAAAUUGAAGAAUUUGAGAAUGCACCAAUUAUUGGAAGGCCAACUAUUCCUGCCAUCGAUCGUUUUGGUGAAAAAAUCCAAUGGGUAGAAUGUGAGGAUUGUUUUAAGUGGCGCAAAGUGCCUGCAAAUGCUCUACUUCCAUCAAGAUGGACCUGUUCUGAGAAUAUAUGGGGCCUGGACAGAUCUCUAUGUUCAACUGCUCAGCAAUUAUCUACCCAGCAGCUUGAAGAUAUAUUAUCCACUACUGCUGAUGUGAGUAAGAAAAAGAAAAUUACUGAACAGAAUUCGGAUCUAGUUGUCGCACAGGAAGGACUUGAUGCACUUGCUAAUUUAGCUAUACAAGCGGAGGGAGUGGACCUUCCAGCUUCAUCUCAGACUAAAAUGAAGCACGCGGGCCAUAAACUUAACUGUACAUGCGUUGUUUGCAUUCAGCCUUCUGAUGGAAACAACCCAAAGCACAAGCAAAUAUGCGAUUUUGCUGACUCAGAAUCACUAAAGCAUCGUUUCAGUUCCUUGAUGGAGAGUUCUGAGAAGAAACAAUUGGCAAAAGAAGCUGAAAGUGCCUGUCAGAAGCUGCAGGUGGAUAAUGAUACUUAUCUGAACAAUGACAUAGGAAAAAGUAGUCUGCACCAGGAUGAGGAAAGGCAAGUGGCCUGUCUUGAUGACCCUGAUGAGAGAAAAUCCUCAGUCUCUCCUUUGAAAGGUCAAAUAGACCUUAAUAUUCAGCCGGAGCGUGAAGACGAUUUGUCACCAGGUUCAGAUUUGGGGGCUAUGAAAUGCUUGCUCGUGGAUGCUGCGGAGCAGUAUAGAUCGAGUUCUGGUGUUAGCAGAGAUUUACUAGACAAGCAAAUGCAACCAGACGGGAUUGGCGGAGCCAGUUUCAGUAACUGCAUCUUGCCCUAGUAGGCAGCUCUCAGAAGCCCAGUGCUGACCAUUUUGCGACGGCAGGAUCCAUAUCCUCAGACCUCAGCUUCUGGAAAAGAUAUUCUUGUGGGACAGGAAAGUAAUUUUUCUGUGGGGGUGGAGUCAAAAUUUUGUUUGUUUCUCAUCUACUCUGCUGUCUGGCAUCUUAAGUUCUGUACAUAUAUAGGGGUGGAAGCAUGACUUGGGAUCGAACCAAUAGUUUUGCAGUAUUCGCACUUAAUUGUGGCUGUUUCAUUUUUUGCUUUUACAGUUAUGAUUUGUGGCAAAAUGUAUUGGUGAGUGAAGCUGCUCCCUUUUGAUGCACGGUAGAAUUAUUAGGGGUGUAAUCAAAUCUUGAAUGAAGCAGCUGGUUGGAUAUUUAGUUUUUACCCCGUUCAGUUUUACACCUCUAA